AACGGGGGGAAAUCAAAGUAUCGGUCCGUUAAAUCGAGUGUUAAAUUCGGGGUCUCGGAGAAUACCUGGAGAAAGACCGUGUCUGUAGUUUUUGUCCAGUUAUAUAUAUAGGGUCAGAUCCUGGGAGCUAGGCUAAUUCAUAUCCGCCAUUAUUACUAAUGUAAAAGAGCGCCAUCCGCGAUAUCAGUCGGCCGACAAACACCGCCGGGAUGUGAGACGAGACGGCGGCGGUUCGUAAAAUGCGAUUCUCCGUCGUCCCGGGUCCUGGUCCCGCCGGGUGGGAGCCGUUACACGGUGACAAAAAUGUAUCACUUGUGUCUUCUUGAGCCAGCCUUGUUCCGUUUCCUCCAUGAUGCUCCUCGGUCGGAGCUGCUGAUUGAUCUGCCUCUCAGUAUUUUUAUGACUCUUCGAGGACAUCUCGCGUCGGAGGUUGGAAACCUCCAGUCUCCCUCAGCAGCUAACCUGGCCACGUUGCAGCAGUCCUACAGGCCGCUUCUGAGCGACUAUGGACCUCCAUCUCUGGGAUUCUCACAGGGCUCCUCUGGUAGUCAAGUGCCUCAGAACAAAUAUGCAGAGCUGCUGGCCAUCAUCGAAGAGCUCGGGAAGGAGAUCAGGCCCACGUACGCUGGAAGUAAGAGUGCAAUGGAAAGACUGAAAAGAGGAAUAAUCCACGCCAGAGGGUUGGUGCGCGAGUGCUUGGCUGAGACGGAGAGAAACGCGAGGUCCUAGCUGCGAGCCAACACUCCUCCCUGCAAGAAGAGCUAACAGCGUGUGUCUCAUGAAACAAAAUAAAUAACUUGCAUGGCAUUUCCUUCGACAAGAGGAAGUAAAUGAACAAAGGAUGGAUAAAGCGAGCUCCUAGAGAGAAAAAAUAACACAAUUCAUGACUCCUGACGGUUCUGCAGGAUCAUUUAAAUCAUGUGUGGGUUAUUGGAAUUCAAUUGAGAGGGUAUCAUGUGUUUUUAUGCCCCACUUUUGGGAUCUUAGUUUUCAACUUCAUAUUUAAAACAUUGAUUUAUGCAUGCGAACGGGCCCGCUGGGUUAAUCUUAGACAGUGCAUGGCUUGUACAGGGGUAGAUGGAGAAGACUUCUUCUUUUUGAUAGUAUUUGGUCUGUUUUUCAGACCCCUAUAACACACGUGACUGAGUGAGCGAGGGACAGAAAUGUGCCAAAUGCGUCAGUUCAUUCGUGUUGAGGUUGGUUUUGGUAUUAAAAAAAGGAAAAUGCUGUUACUUGCAUCUUUGUAUGUAUUUAUUACUCAGUGUAAUAAAUUGUAUUUUCAAUAUA